AUGGGCAGGCAGGUGGGGCACAGCAAAGCCAGAGAAAAACCCCGCCACUCUUUCCUGGUUUUCCCCCCCUACUCCCACAGAGGUACCAACAUCACUUGGGUACUACGGUACCUAUUGCCCCUCCCCCCAAAAACCACAGCGCCUACAAGCAUUCUCACAGCAAAUGGACGGGGCCCCUAUUCCUGUCGCGCGCACUGUGGCAACUACGUCGAUAAUAUCAGGUCUAACAGUCUAACACACACAUGUAUAGCUUCUCACCCCUCUCCUCGGAGGGUAGGUACUUACUACAUUACGGCACUAGAGCAAUAUCUUCCUCUCGAAUCAGCUGUUAUUGUAUCUGUAUACUCGUGUGUAGCUCACUGGUUUAUGUGUGCGCGUGUGUGUGCCUAGGCGCCUGCUUACCUGCCUCCCUAUCC